AUGACCCUCCAGGCCCCACCCACACUCCUACAGCUGGGAGUGCAGAGCCUGGUGAGGAACGAGGCCUUGACCAUCUCUACUCUGCAGGACCUGCCAACGGUGCUCUUUCCCCCGCUGUUCAAGGAGGCCGACACUCAGAGACGGAAAAGGAUAAUUAAGGUCCUGGUGACAGACUGGCCCUACCCCUGCCUUCCUGCUGGGUUUCUGAUGAACAACGCCAACCUGGAGAUCUACCAGGCUAUGCUAGAUGGAGUAGACACAUGGCUGCGACGGAGGUUUCGCCCCAGAGGACAGAAGCUUCGGGUGGUGGACUUGAGGAAUGUCUGCCAUGAUUUCUGGGAAGUGUGGACAGGAAGAAAGAGAGUAGAGCCCUCAGCAGAAACCUCGCCUGAGAGGCAAGGAGUGAAGGGCCUCUCUAGACCCACUCUGAGGCGGCAUUUGAAGAUUGUCGCUGAACUUCAGCUCCCCCUGGACGAACAGCAAGCACGGCUGUUGCAGUGGGCUGAGAAGAGAAGAGGUUCCCUGCAGCUGUGUUGUGUGAAGCUGAAGAUUGGGACACUACCAAUAUACAGGGUUAGGAGUGUCUUAAAAAUUUUACAGCCAGAGUUCAUCAAGGAGCUGGAACUGAAUACAGUGUGCAAUCUCUCCACCCUGGCACAUUUUGUUCCUUACAUCAGCAAGAUGAGCCAUCUUCACAAAGUCAUGGUCAUCCGCAUCUUCAGAGGGAGGACUACCACUGCCAUGGAAGACAAGAGGGUCACCAAGAUCAUGUCUGUGUUCUCCAAGCUCUGCUGUCUCCAGCAUCUUAGCCUGGAUGAUGUCUAUUUCGUCAAUGACCACAUGAAACUCUUGCUUAGGUGCCUGAAGACACCCUUGGAGUCCCUGUCCAUCUCCCUCUGCAAGUUCUCACAGUCAGACUUGGAUUCCUUUGCCCAGUGGACUCACUGUCAGCUUAAACAUCUGUACUUGAGAGGGGUCAUUUUAAGUGAUUUAAAUUUCUUGCCUUUCAAAUUUUUCUUAGAGAGUGUUGCAUGCACUCUGAAGACCCUGAAACUGAAAGAUUGUAGGAUGAAGGACCCUGACCUCAGAGUCCUUCUCCCUGCCCUGCGCCAAUGUUCCCAGCUCUCCAGCAUCAAUUUCUAUGAUAAUGACUUCUCAAUCGAUGUCCUGAAAGAACUUCUCCACCACACUGCCAACCUAAGCCAGCUGACCAAGGAGCUAUACCCUGCUCCUAAGGAGGUCUACAAUCACUUGGGUUAUAUCAAUGUAGAGGAAUUUUCCCAGUGUUGUGCUGAGCUGAAGAACACACUCGUCACAGAAAGGCAGUUCAUGUCUAUCCGCUUUGGUAGCAAUGCCUGUUAUGACUGUGGUAAGCGCUACAUCUUUGAACUGGAGACCACACUUUGUGAUUGCUGA